AUGGACCCAUUCACAACACCUACCGUUUCCAGUCAGUGCUCAGGGUCAGAUCUUUGUGUGGUUUGUGGUGACAAAGCCAUUGGCAAACACUAUGGAGCAGUGGCCUGUAAUGGUUGCAAAGGAUUUUUCAGAAGAAGUGUGUUCCAAAAUCUGCAGUACACAUGCCGGUUUGAGAAGAACUGCAGCAUCGACAAGGACCACCGUAAUGCCUGUCGAUUUUGCCGCUUUCAAAAAUGUCUAGUCGUUGGAAUGCGACCCGAAGCUAUUCAAAACGAACGUGACCGAAUUGGAAGUACAAAGCGUCGGAAGCGCACGUCAACAAAUCAAGACGAUACCUCGGAUUCUGAAAGCAUUCCAUCGCCAAAAAUGGCUCUGCUUCUGCUUAACCCUGAUGUGGUCGGCCUAUCAUCACAAGCCCGAGAUAUGAUUCGUGAAGCAAGAGAUGCACUCCUCAAAGCCCUCUACAGCUACCUCAACCAGUCAUACUCAGUUAUUGAUGCGUCAUUACGGGUCUCAUCUCUUCUUCUGGUCAUUCCUUCUCUUAUGUCGAUUAGUCAGAGCAUUUCUGAUAUCUCAGAGUUGGGCGAACUCUUCGGUCUGUGCGAGGGAAAUCAAAAACACAAGGACCCAGUCAUUAGAGAGCCGUGGCUGAUUUCCGACAAGGCAACCUAUCAAAGUAUACCAUGUGGUGAUACGGUAUUUUCACGUAUUCUUACACCGCAACAUCUAUUUGCUCAACAAGGACUGACCAGUUCAUCCUGCAAUACCUCGCCGAAUAUUUCUAUCAUUCAUAACACUUUACCGCUACUACCUACUGCUCAGGAUCACUUCCCUCUAAAGGUAUUCAUGACAUAA